CACAGCGGUAGACAUUGGCAAAGUCCAACUGAUGCCACAAAUGCUGCAGCGCUUCCGUGCCUUGAUACAAAAACGGCUGCUGUAUUUGUGGCGCACACCUUUCCUGUUCGUGAUUGGCUGGAUCCUCCCUGUGGUCAUGGCAUGGAUUGGUCUUACGGUAUUCAACCUAAACCACGUGGAACUGCCGCCGGAUUUCAGUCACUUCAACCUGAGCACAAUUUUAUCUGAAGGAGCUGAAGAACAACCAGCCAAAGUCUUUAUUGAAGAGGUCACACCGAACGACAAUUCUCUGCGCUACAAGGUGCUUCUAGAGAGCCAGAACGUACCAUACGAAGUUUUCACGGAUACGAAGAACACUCUUUUGGCCAAGUACAAUGAGAACUUUUUUCAGUACAUGUUGAACUAUGCGUUCGGCAGUAUCUUCAACACAACAGAAAUUGAAAUGUGGAUGAACCCAACGAGCGUAAUAGCAUCGAGCAUCGAGGGAAACCUGAUUGACACCAUGCUGCUCCGUCAGCAGACAACCCAUCCAAACGCCCGCUUUGACACAGGGGUUUCAAUUGUGCGUCUCACUGAACAAGAAGUACCUCCUCCACAGGAAGAUAUCCCCAAUAAAGGUUCUCUCAAUGAAUUGGCAAGAGUGAUGGCGUACACCUGGUUCUACUGGGGUGUGAUGAUGCCUGUCAGUAUUGGACUAAUUACAUCGACCUUCGUAGUACUGCCUUCGCUCGAAAUAUGCAACGGAGCGAGAGCACUGCAACUAAUGACUGGCGUGUCCGGACUGCUUUACCUUGGGACAAACUUCAUCUUUGAUCUUCUGUUUUACUUGGUGCCAGUGGCGACCAUAUACACUGGAUUCGCUGUCAUCCACGGCCUAAGCGGAAACACUUCAGGAGCGCUAGCUCUUCUCAUGCUGUGUUCUGCUCCUCUGAACAUAUUUCUUCCAUAUCUGAUAUCUGAACUGACCACCGAUGGUGGUGCGGCCUAUGCAGUUAAUAUGGGACUCUUCAUGAUUGCAGGUCCCGGUGUAGUCUUCGGCUAUUUGUUUGCAUCUCAAGCUGCGGAAGGUCAAAACGUCCGGCUGCCCUUCUUUUUGUUUCCUCCGUUCGAUCUGCCAGCGGCAUCUGUGCGGGCCAUAAAUAUUGAGACCGAACUUGCAGCAUGCCACUACUUGCAGAGCAGAAAAAAACUAGCGAUUGAGCACACCCAAUUUUGCGACGAUACACAAAUGUAUGGCUCUACCCUGAAAUUUUGCUGCGAUGUACUCCGAAAGAAGACAAAAGAACCAUGGUACGAGGUUCAAGCUGUCUCUACUUCACCCCACGGAAUUCUUUAUGACAUCUUGUUCAUGCUCGUUUUCGGCGGCGUGAUGUUUCUCUACCUUCUCUACCGCGUGUCAGGUGGUUGUUCGCUCGACCAACAGAGCACAUUGCCACCCGGAAAGGCAGCCAUGUCCGAAGACGAAGACGUGGCUGCCGAGUGGAUCGCCGUGGAAAGAAUAUGCGAGAAUAGGAGUUUUGGCGAGAGCACCCUGGUGGCCCGAAGGCUGCACAAAACCUUCGGUGAGCUGCAGGCUGUGAAAGAACUCUCAUUCGCCCUACGACCAGCUGAAUGCUUCGGCCUGCUGGGAGUCAACGGAGCCGGAAAGAGCACAACGUUUCGAAUGCUUACCGGCCUCACCAACAUGACGUACGGUGAAGCGUUCAUGAGGGAUGCAGUGCUAUCCAAGGAUCCUCGGAAGUGGCAAUCCAGGAUUGGCUACUGCCCUCAGAUCAACGCGCUGCUAGGCAAGCUGACCGCUUACGAGAACCUUUACCUGUUCGGUCGCCUCCGAGGACUACCGGAAGAGAGCUUGCCGGAUGCAGUAGAACGCAUUAUUGAGAUUGCAGACCUACGAGAACAUGCAGCGAAGAAGUGUGACUACUACAGUGGGGGAAACAUGCGCAAGCUCUCCGUCGGGGUGGCGUUGGUCGGACUGCCUGAAGUCGUGUUCCUGGACGAACCGUACGCCGGUGUCGACGUGUUGGCCAGGGCGCGCAUCGACAAAAGACUCAGCCGCAUCAAGAACAGCACGCAAUGCAGCAUCGUGCUCACUUCUCACAGCAUGGAAGAGUGCGAGGUCGCCUGUGACCGGAUGUGCAUUAUGGUGCAAGGCACAAUGCUUUGCCUGGGAACAUUGCAGCAUCUCAAGGAUAAGUUUGGCAAAGGUUGCCGAAUCCAAUUCCUGCUUCCCGACAGCACUGUGAUAGCGCCACAAGAACUGAUAAAGAAAGUCGGCAGUGCAUUCCCAGGCCUGAAAGUCUUGAAUACAAAUGCACAACUUCUCGAAAUCCGUAUCGAGGCAAAGCUUCCAUGGAGCACAAUGUUCCAAAAAAUCGCAUCGCUGGAAAAGGAUAUCACUUUCGAGCAUGUCCUCGUUUCAGAUAACACAUUGGAGCAAUUGUUCAUUGAGUUUGCUCAGAAAGGGCAACAGGGAACAAAUGUUAAUAUUUCUUCCGAUCAGCCGUCAGCAGUCUAACCUCGGCGGCUUAAUUUCUUCGGAAGCCAUCACUGAAGAUCUGAUUGCGACCUGUUCAGGGCCGACCUGUGUGAAGCAAUAAAUUCAAAAGCAUUCCUUGCUUUCUUUUUUUGCAUAAAAUGCCUUAGUACCACC